CCCACACUAUAGUUCCCACUCAGCUGUUACUGUACAGAGGCUUUCAGUUUCCACAUGCAUCCAUUCACAAAUCUGCGGCGGUUGAACAGUGGGGAGAGACGUAUCGGGGGAGGAUAAAUCACCACGCGUCGGAUUUAAUCACCUCGUCUGUCAGUUUUUGAACAACUUGUUGCGCAGCUGCUAUUUCUAACCUCCUCUGUGGUCCAAAGGGCCGCUCUUAUUUAGCAGCAAACAGGCGCUGCUUUGUGCUUCAACGCCUGCAUCGCUUGUAUUUUCCUGAGAAGAGAAACACAUGGUGAAGAAAGCCACGUAUCAAUGUGUAGGCUGUAAGAGAAGAUGAGGUUUGACAUCGGGGACCGUGGACUCAAUUUUACCUGUUUGUAUGGGUUUUUAUGGAGUCUUCCUGUAGCCUGUGUAUACAGUGAAUUUUGGGAGUCUGUUUAAUAUGAUCCCAGAGACAGGGGAUGCGAGUCAUGAGCUGGACGCGUCCUUUUCACGGACUAGACUGGAGCCACACAAGCCUCUUCUACCUGACUUUACUCCUGUGGACCAGGCGCAUGAAUGGACUGGCUGACUUCUCAAACUACUUGUCCAGGAUCAUCACCAGCCACUCUGCCCACGCCUGUGACGGUCAGCCUCUGCGACUCCACUGUCCACGUCACUCCACCAUCUCCGUCCAAUCUGCUUUCUACGGGAGCGGCGAGGCGUGGCUCUGCAAAGCAGACCAGGACCCUUCACUCAGAGCCCACAACCACAGCUGCUCAGCUUUUACUGCUCUACAGAAGCUGCUGUCUGAGUGUCAGAGCCACAGAGAUUGCCAGGUACCUGUCAAUCACCUGCUGUUUGGGAAGGACCCCUGCCCCGGCACUACCAAAUACCUCCAUGUGGACUACAAGUGUAAACCCACUGAACACAAAAGACAUGUGGCGUGUGAAGGACAGACCAUGGUUCUGCGCUGUAAGCCCCCCAGGUUGCUGAACAUCUAUGCAGCUGUCUAUGGCAGAAGUCUGGGUGAGACUGACACCUGCCCCUCACACCUGACAAGACCACCCCCGUUUGAGUGUCUCAACCACGAGGCUGUACACUUGGUGUCCAAGUCCUGCUAUGGCAAACAGAAGUGCGCUGUUGCCGUCAGCAACCAGACCUUCAGGGACCCCUGCUUUCCAGGAACCAGGAAGUACCUCAGUGUGGUCUAUUCUUGUGUACCACAGACUUUACUAAGGGAGGCAGACCCGAACAUAUUCACCUCCACCUCAUCUCCGACUGUAGUCACAGAAAAAGAUCUGGAGGAGCCUUUUCCCAAAGGGUCAAGAAGGCCAGACAACUCAGGAGCUAUGAUGAGCAACUCUCUCCUGACCUAUGCCUACAUCAAAGAGCAUUCAGAAAUGGCCGCUCUGCUGUUCACCUCCAGCGUGUGCGUUGGCCUCGUGUUCACACUGCUGGCUGUGUCGGUCCGAGUGACCUGCAGAAGGCGCAGCCUCAGAGAUCACAGCCUCGCAUCCAAGUCUCAGACUGCCAACUGCAAGGAGGAGGAGGAGGAUGAUGUGGAUGAUAAUGAGGAAGAAGAGGACGAUGACGACGAAGACGGAACAGAAAGCUCUUUAAUCUCAGCCGCUGAGAGGAAGGCCAUUCACGACUGGGAGGAAGUGACUUACGUGAGCGAGGCAGCCGAGCGGGCAGAGAGGAUCGAACGCAGAGAGAUGAUCAUACAGGAGAUCUGGAUGAAUGCCUAUCUGAAUGGCAGCUCAUGUUAAACAAACCAUGACCCAUGGAUGCUGUUUAGCACCUUCAGGAUUUCUGAGGAUUCUCCCUGCCUUUGAUUAUUGAUAAUUGAAAAAACAAGAAACUUUUUUUUACAUUGUAAAACAGUUUGUUGUGUGUUUUGCCACUUUUUUUCAUUCAGUUUGUGACAUAAAACUGCAGUACUUGCCAUCAAGGAUCAACAGGGCUUUAUGUUGUAAAAUGGGUAAUCACAUAAAUUCUGUAACUGUUUAAGUAUUGUAUUUAUUCACAUUCACCACCUGAUGAAGCUAAGAUUUCAGGUUUAAAUACUGUUUACUGAGACAGAAAUGGUGAAAUCACUUGACAGAAGUCAAACAGCUGUCACAUUCAUUCAAGAAUAUUACUGUAUUCUUCACAGAGGGGUCUCAGAGAAACUGAUGAGUCACUAUGAACCAAAGAACAUGUCAGGGAACAUGAUCAGUUGUAACACCUCGGGUUGUCUAAAGGGACCAUGAAACAAGUUACUCUCAUCUCACAGCCCUCUCUGGUUUUUAAAUAUAAUUUUGUAACACAUUUGUGGUUUAUCAAGCGUCAAUUAUCAUCUUUCCUAACAAAAAAUAUUUUGAUGCACAUUAGUGGUAAUUAAAACUGGCAGCUGUUCAUACAAGAGAGCCCAAUUUCACUUGCCACAGCUGAUCACUGUCUUUUUUAAGAGCCGUCUGAAUUAAAUGUACAAAUGGUGGCAUUAUCCUUUAAAUCUGCACAUUAUGUCCAGGUUUAGUUUUAAUCCAGUGUUCCUUGAAACCAGCCACACGUCUCUGAAUCACUGCAUCAGCUCCGUCAACAGUUCCACAAAGUUCCAACCCUCCAGUGAAUGAAACCUCUCUCCCUCUGAACUCUAAAACUUCCUCACCCCUGCUGGGACCAGAACUGGAACGACUAACUAAUAUGCGGCAACUUCCUGCCUCAGAACAGCACUGACUUUCAGAGGUUUAUGUGUGUGUGUCACUGACAGGAGACAAAGAGAGGAAAGGUGUAGCAUCCUUGUCCCUACACUCCAAGGGAUGUAAAACCAUGUUUGAGUUGAAACACUACUGCUGAGACUUUGUUUAACAUUAGCACAUCAUUAAUACUAAAUGUAUGAACACACUACACUGGAAACCAUUCUAUUUGAUAUUUUUUUUACACACAAUAAAAAUGUACAGUAAAUAUACAUUAAACUUUAAUUUUGUUUGCACAGCUUCACUAAAAAUGGAACUUUACAACAGGAUGAUAACAACCACAGAGAAAACAGGGAGAAGACUGAGGUUAAAAUAAAUCAGGUUUAUAAUGA